UUGGAACUAUCAAUCAAAACACAAACAUCUACGUACAUUUGCAAUACGGCUGUUUUCAUGGUUCAUCUGUAUUGUUGUUUUAUUUUGUCAGAGAUAGUGAGUGAUUCAGUAAUUUAACAAAGUCAAGAGAAGAAAGACGUAGAAUACAAAACAUGAAGACGAUCUUUAUAGCCUUUUGUGGCUUAUUAUUUUUUGGGGUAGAGGCAUCACCAUAUUUAACAUCCGACUCAGCAAUAAAAUUGAAUCCAGAAUGUGCUAAAGGACCCGUACAUUGGUGUCAAAGUCUGGCAACCGCUAAAUCAUGUGGCGCAGUGACUCACUGCAUUCAAACGGUUUGGGAAAAACAAACGUAUCCAGAAGACAAUGAUUCAAUUUGUCAGAUUUGCUUGGACAUGGUGAAACAGGCUCGCGAUCAAUUGCGCAGCAAUGAAACGCAGGAAGAUUUGAAAGCCGUCUUUGAAGGCACCUGUGCAUUCAUUCGAAUCAAAAAGAUUCGUCAAGAGUGCGACAAAGUAGCCGAUGACAUGGUGCCCGAAUUGAUUGAAGCGUUGAGCUCGCAAAUGAAUCCACAAGUCGUGUGCUCCGUAUCGGGACUGUGCAACAGUGCUCUCAUCGAUAAAGAGUUGGCAAAACACUCGAACGAAAUGGUCGUGCAGAUGAAAUCAACCGGACUUACGUGCCGGCAAUGCAACAAAGUUUCGAACAUAAUCUCAACGAAAUUCGCAAAUACCAACCGCGAUAAGGUCUUGGAAAAUAUGUUAUCCGUAUGCGGUGAAAUGUCUUCGCUAAGCGAUGGAUGCUCAGCUAUCGUUUUGUCCUAUUUCAACGAUGUCUACGCACAUCUGAAAGACAAUUUGAACGCAGAAAACAUUUGUCACAUGGCUGGCGUUUGCGCCGAUCAAUUCCAUCAACACGAAGAGGACGAAAUCGAAAUUAUCCCCGACUCACAAAUCGGAUUCAUCAAGCGCGAAGGCGAUGAUAUUCCAUGCGAUCUUUGCAAACAACUCAUUGUACACUUGAGAGACUUGCUGGUUGCCAACACCACCGAAUCGGAAUUCAAAAAUGUUCUCGAAGGCAUUUGCAAGCAAACGAAAUCAUUCAAAUCCGAGUGUUUGAGUUUGGCCGAUCAAUACUAUGACGUGAUCUAUGCUAAACUUACACAAGGAUUGGAUCCAGAUGGUGCGUGCUUCAUGAUUGGCAUCUGUCCAAAGGGCUUAACUCAGCAGCCACAACAUUCAUACGAAAUAAUGCCAUUGGUACCAAAUAGUCAGCUACUCGUCAAGAAGAAACUUUUGGGUGAAAAUGAACCAGUAUUCUCGGCUCAAGCGAUACAAAGCUUCCAGUUGCCCAAAGAUGUGUUGCUCUUGAAUACGGAACAACUUGCAGCUAACGCUGGCCAGAAAAAGAGCAACCAAUUCUGCACACUCUGUGAAUAUUUCUUGCAUUUUGUCCAAGAUGCAUUGGCCUCACCGCAAAAUGAAGAGAAUAUCAAGGCCUCAGUGCUGAACAUGUGCCACAAAGUUCGCAAAGAAUUCCAAUCCGAAUGCCAAACAUUUGUUGACCAGUAUGCCGAUGCAAUCAUUGCUCUGUUGAUCCAAGAAAUUGAUCCAUCACAAAUUUGCCCGAAAUUAUCGGUUUGUGUGCAAUCCACAUCGACGGCCAACGAAAAAUGUCCACUUUGUCUGUUCUUGGUGCAAGACAUUGAGGAUCAAUUGCAACACAACAAAUCAAAACAGAAUAUCGAAGAUAAAUUGCAUGUUCUGUGCAAUCGUUUGAAAGAUGAUUUGAAGGCCGAAUGCCUUGACUUUAUCAACACGUAUACGGCUGAACUGGUUGAUAAAUUGGCUAACGAUUUUUCACCACGCGAUAUUUGCUUGUACUUGAAAUGUUGUACGGAUAAAGAGGAAGUACUUAUCGAGAAAAUUGGAGAUAAAGCCAGCUACAAUGAUUAUCUUACAAACACGGUUUAUGAAGUUGAUUCGGAACAAGUUUCCGCGCCUGAAUGCCUUUUGUGUAAGGAAUUGGUGAAAAAAAUGGAGAAAAGAAUUGCGGAGGAUAAAUCAAGGGAUCAUAUCAAAAAGGUUCUUGAAGAGGCAUGCCACUCUCUGCCGAAAGUCACAAUGAAAAAUAAAUGUUUGGCUGCAAUUGACAAAGAAUCCGAUUACAUUGUCGAUUUACUCAUCAAAGAAGUCACACCCAAAGAAGUAUGCUUGGCCUUGGGAUUCUGCUUUGCAAAAACUGAAUUCGUUCAAAUGGUUCCAUUGCCCGAAAUUAAACCCAAACCAAAGCCAAACCCAUACGUAUGUCGUGUGUGUGAAGUUGUCGUCAAAAAGGUUGAAGAACAACUGAACAACAAAACCGCACAAGAAGACGUUGAAAAUUGUGUGAAACAAGUUUGUACCGCUCUACCAAAUUCGUUCCGACCACAGUGCAAGAAAUUCAUCGAUGCAUACGCAAAUGAAAUCAUCAAACACUUCCCAAGCGAAUCACCCAAAGUACUUUGCACAAAAGCCUGUCUGUGUGAGAGCAGCGAAGAAGAAGCGCCCGAACAAUCUCCAGAGAUUGAUGAAGAUGCUGCUCCCGAAUGUAUUUUGUGCGAACAAUUGGUGAAAGAAGUGGAGAAGAAAGUCGAAAAUGAUAAAUCACGGGAACAUAUCAAACAAGUUUUGGAGCAAGCUUGCUCAAAAUUCCGCAAGCACGACUUGAAGGAGAAAUGCAUUGAAGUCGUUGACAAGAAUGCGGAUUACAUUGUCAAUUCGAUCAUCCAGAAAGUAUCACCAAAAGAAAUCUGCCAUGGACUUGGAUUCUGCGACGCAGAAACACUUGCAGUUGCACAGAAAAUUGAACAAAUGUCCGAUCAAUUGAUGGAAAAGUACUCAGAAACGCCACAAUGUGUGCUGUGUCAAUUGAUUGCAACGAAACUAGAAGCCGAUUUGAAAAAUAAAAAAACGGAAGCGGAAAUCGAGAAUGCUGUUCGUCAGGUUUGCCAUGCAUUCCCCGGCAAAUACACAGCCAAAUGCAAGAAAUUCAUCGAAGAAUAUGCUGACCUCAUAAUCAGUAUGCUUUCAACCGUUCCACCGAAAGAAUUGUGCGCCGAACUCAACUUCUGUCUUAGCCAUUUGAGGAAAGACACGAGCCAACGCGACGUUUUGGAGUGCGGCAUUUGUAAUACGGCUGUUGAUAAUUUGGCCACCGUUCUUGAGAAAAAUGGACCAAAAGAUAAGGAUAUUGUCGCUGAAACAACGUGCCAUUUGAUUGCAGCGAAAUACUAUCAACAGUGCCAUGAUUUCAUGAAAAUCUACGGUGUCAGUGUGACAAUGUUGCUGAAUAGAUCUGAAAAACGUUCAGAGAUUUGCGUGAAAGUUGGAAAAUGCUUCCGAAACGGCAACAGCAACAUAUUCGUUGAAAUCAACGGAGAUGUAUAUGCAUCUGAUGAAUCUACCGAGUCAGAUGAAUCCAUCGAAUCUGUCGAAUCUCAUGAAAAGACACACAGAAACCGACCAUUGAUUGGAGCAAACAACAAGUGUACAUUUGGACCAAGCUACUGGUGUUCAUCCGAAGCAACAAUGAAGGAGUGUAAUGCACAUGCAUUCUGCAACACUCGAUACAAGAUGACUACAGCUCCAUAAAACAAUAGACCGCCAAAAGAUGCGAAAAAUGUUCAGCUCCUUCUUGACAGAUGAUAUCAACUUCAAACUGUCAAUGAUCAACGCGAAUCGAGAAACUUUUUUUUUUUUGAAAAAUCUAUUCAUCGACGUAAAAUAGAACCAAAAACUAAACAACAACAAAAAAACAAUAAAGAAAACAGUUGAUAAUUCAAGGCCUUUAAUAAAA